AUGGGCGGCUCAUCAUCAUCAUCUUCUUCUAGCCCCUGCAACGGCACCGUAUGCAAUCCCCAGUCGCUCAACUCAAACAACCUGAGCCAAGUCCCAAAGGCCAGCCAAAAUGGCGUCAACCGGUUCGCCCGUGCAUCUGCUGCCGACAGCCCCUACUACGCGGGUGCGCGCUUGUCUGAGCGAUCAAAACAUCUCAACGGCCUGUCCAGCCAAGUCGAUGCGUUGGACGACAUCCUGAAAGCUCAGAAAUGA